UAUCAGCGUGCGUGAGGCUGUGAGCUACCAUAACCAUAUGGCAUACGGUUUGGAGUUUCGUCGCCUGACAGACGCGCUCGUUAGCUGCGCUUUAUUCUACCUCAUAUCAAACCAUCCGCGCUCUGUUACUGCUGCCUUCCAGGAAUACGAGUUGUUAUUGAUAUAAGCAGUCGUAGUGAAAGUUUGAGCCUGUUGAAGCCGUCGUGAGGAUGCACAGCUCUCAGAAGGACACCACAUACACCAAGAUCUUCGUCGGAGGUCUUCCGUAUCACACCACAGACUCCAGCCUCAGGAAAUACUUUGAAGUGUUUGGAGAAAUCGAGGAAGCUGUUGUCAUUACUGACAGACAAACGGGGAAAUCCAGAGGCUAUGGAUUUGUAACGAUGGCCGAUCGAGCCGCAGCAGAAAGAGCCUGUAAGGACCCAAACCCCAUCAUAGACGGCAGGAAAGCCAACGUGAACCUGGCGUACCUCGGGGCCAAACCACGGAUCAUGCAGCCAGGCUUUUCAUUUGGCGUCCCUCAAAUACACCCUACAUAUAUCCAACGGCCUUAUGGUGAUAGUGAGGAUGAUCAUUCCCCAUUACUGUAUCCUCCUCCUUUCCGCCAGGUUAUGAGGAUUCCCGCUCACUAUGUGUAUCCGCAGGCGUUUGUGCAGCCCAGCAUGGUGAUUCCUCACGUCCAGCCGGCGUCUGCAGCCUCGGCCGCGGCGUCUCCGUACCUGGACUACACCGCCGCAGCGUACGCACAGUACAGCGAUCAGUACCCGUACGCCGCCUCGCCGGCCGCCACGGGUUACGUCUCCGCCGCCGCCGCUGCGACCGGAUACGGUUACGUCCAGCAGCCUCUGGCGUCGCCCGGAUCCGCGGCGGCCGCAUUCGCUCAAUAUCAACCGCAGCAGCUGCAGACGGACCGCAUGCAAUGAGAAACACAGUUUACAUUUAUGACUGUAUCAGCCAAAGAAACCCAUGUAUGUUUUUUAUUGUUCGGUUAUUGCUAUUUUAUUUGUAGGCCUAGUAUUUAAUAUUUAUUAUGGAAAAGAAAGCUGUAGCUUGUCAAACGUGGUCAUGUGAUCAACACUACGUUUCUUACAUGCAACUAAUAUUUUUUUCAUUAUUCACUCACCCUCAUGUCAUUAAAAACUAGUGCUGUCAACCGAUUAAUCGCAUCCAAAAUAAGAGUUUUUGUUUACAUGAUAUGUGUGUGUACAUAUAAAAUAUGUUGGGUUUAUAUAUUAAAUAAAUUAUAUGAAUGUAAGUACAUACAUGUAAAUAUUUUCUAAAUAUAUACUGUAUGUGUGUGUGUUUAUACAUGCAUAAUAAAUCAUACACAUAUAUAUUAAGUAAACACAAACUUUUAUUUUGGAUUGCGAUUAAUCGUUUGACAGCACUAUUAAAAACCUAUCUUUCAGUGCAACACCUAAAGAAACAUUGUGGUUUUAUUAUUAAAGCACCAUAAAAGUAUCACAUUCGCAUUUGCGUUCAGAUUCAGAUAUUAUGCAUUAACCACUCGCAGAUGCAUAAACGUCAAAUCUUAAAAAUUUGAUUAUUUUCAUAAUGACCUGUGAUCACCUCAUGAGCCUGAAUAUAUUACUGUUGGACGGAUUAUUAUUUAUUUGGCUUUGAAAAUCUAAUAAAGUGCCUUACAGGAUACACUAGUGCAUCUCUGUGCCUUAAUACAGCAUACUGUAACUGAUAGUCAAUUUAGUUAUACUUGGGUUAUUGAAACGAUUAAUUUUAUAUUUAUAACUAAAGCUUUGAGCACUACUGAGAGCCUGUGUGCACUGUGUGUGUCAAUAUUAGUGUGCUUCACUGCUGGAUUAAUGUGCCUUCAUUAUGGUUAACAGAAGUGAAUGUCAUCGAAUUAGAUUUGUUUGUUGCCUUUGUUAUUUGAUGUAAGUGACAUGUAUGAAGGGAUAAAUGUGGCAAAAGGAAAUGAUUGCAUUAAUAUGUGCAGCUACAGAAUACAUGUCCAAGUAUUUGUGUAUUAAAAGGCCAUAUCUAUCAACACCAGUUCACUACAACUACGUUUGCUUUUCAUUUAACGAGUUUUGUUGUACGGUCGGUCAGUUUGUCAUCCUGAAGAUCAUUAUUUGCACUUUGCUCUGUUGAUGAAAAUACAUUUGCAGAUUAUUAGAGUAUCACAUGGAAUAAGUAACAUUUGAUAAAAUAUGUAUCAGAUAAUUCUGAUGAUUUAUUAAAAAAGUAUGUUGUCUCA